UUCUCUCUUUCUCAGUCAGCCAUAACUCUCCGACCAACAUUCACACUCUCUCUCGAUAAAAUAUUUCUCUUUUAUUGAUUAAAACUUCGAUUAAAACCCUAAUUUUACUAGAUUGUUAGUUUGUUUGGUGUUUACUCUACGUUAAGAGUGCUAGGUCUUGUUCCUGUUUCAGCAAAACCCUAGCUCGGAAAAAAAAAAUGGCGUCACGAUCUGGUUCUACUUUUUUACUCUUCUUUGUUCUCGUUCUAGCUACGGAGAAGACUCUAGCCUCUGUCUUCUCAUCUAGGGUGAUCCAUCGCUUCUCCGACGAAGCUAGAGCGUCGAUUAAGACUCCGAGAUCGUUUCCGGAGAAGCGGAGCUUGGAGUAUUAUCAGUUGCUCGCGAGAAGUGAUUUCAGAAGACAGAGAAUGAAUCUUGGUGCUAAGUCUCAGGCCCUUGUUCCAUCUGAAGGAAGCAAAACUAUUUCUUCUGGAAAUGACUUUGGAUGGCUACACUAUACAUGGAUCGACAUAGGGACGCCGAGUGUAUCGUUUCUUGUGGCUUUAGAUACUGGAAGUGAUCUACUUUGGAUUCCUUGCAACUGUGUGCAAUGCGCUCCUUUAACAUCCACUUAUUAUAGCAGCCUGGCUACUAAAGAUCUGAACGAGUAUAAUCCAUCAAGUUCAAGUACCAGCAAAGUCUUUUUGUGCAGCCAUAAGCUUUGUGAUUCUGCUCCAGAUUGUGAGAGCCCAAAGGAGCAGUGCCCUUAUACUGUUAACUAUCUUAGUGGAAACACCUCGACCUCGGGAUUACUUGUUGAAGACAUCCUGCAUCUUACAUAUAAUACCAACAAUAGAUUGACGAACGCUUCUUCCUCUGUCAAGGCUCAAGUUGUUCUAGGAUGUGGUAAAAAGCAAAGUGGGGAUUACUUGACUGGGGUUGCUCCUGAUGGUUUGAUGGGUUUAGGACUUGGAGAUAUCUCGGUUCCAAGUUUUCUUUCUAAAGCAGGAAUCAUGCGAAACUCGUUCUCCUUGUGUUUUGAUGAAGAAGAUUCAGGGAGAAUUUACUUUGGUGAUAUGGGACCAUCAGUGCAACAAUCAACACAAUUCCUUCCUGCCGACAAUAAAUAUAUUGUGGGUGUGGAGACUUGUUGUAUUGGCAACUCGUGUCUGAAGCAGACGAACUUCAGAACUUAUAUUGACAGUGGACAGUCAUUUACUUAUCUGCCGGAAGAAAUAUACAGAAAAGUUGCGCUUGAGAUGGACAGACAUAUAAAUGCUACGAUGAAGAGCUUUGAAGAUGUUUCGUGGGAGUAUUGCUAUGAAUCUAGUGUUGAGCCAAAAGUACCAGCGAUCAAACUCAGGUUCUCGCACAAUAACACAUUCGUGAUUCACAAACCUUUGUUUGUAUUCCAACAAAGCCAGGGGCUUGUCCAAUUUUGCUUGCCUAUCAGUUCUAGUGGAGAAGAAGGCAUAGGAAGCAUAGGACAGAACUACAUGAGAGGUAAUCGAAUGGUUUUCGAUAGAGAGAACAUGAAGCUAGGCUGGUCACCCUCCAAAUGCCAAGAAAAUGAGAUAGAGCCCCCUCAAGCUUCACCGGGUAGCACUUCAGCGCCAUAUCCUUUGCCAACAGAGGAGCAGCAAAGCAGAAGCCAUGCGGUUUCACCAGCCAUUGCAGGUAAAACUCCAUCCAAAACACCAUCAUCAUCAUCAUCACCAUCAAGAUCAUCAUGUAGCUUCUCUUCUAUGAUGAUAUUAUUCAACUCUCUACUUCUGCUACAAGGGUUUGUCUCUCAUAUGUAGAGAACAAAGAUUGUGUUAUCAAAAACAAAACUAGUCUGCCUUGCAUAUAUAUAUAUAAGAAGUUGAUCUUAUAAGUCUUCCAUCA